AUGGGCUCUAUUUGUAUUUGUCAAUCAAAAGCAAAUUAAAAUUCAAUCAAAACUAAAAUUGUUAUUGUGGGUUUAGAAUCUAGUGGAAAAACAGCUUUAUUUGAAUAUAUUAGAAUAGGAAAUUUUGUAUAAACUGAACCAACAGAAGGUAACCAUUAUAAUUAUAUGUUGAGGCUAUAAUGUGAAUUUUAAUAAUAAAGACUUUUUGAUAUUUGAUCUAGCAGGUAAAACACCUAAUUUGUGGUAACAUUAUUAUCAAAAUACGGAUGGAAUAAUAUUUAUGAUAGAUUCUACAAAUAAAGGCAAACUAUAAGAAGUAAAAUAAUAACUUAUCAAAUUAAAUCGAGACAUAGAAUUUCUGAAUGUAAGAAUAAUAUUUAAUUAGAUAGGAGUUUUGAUUUUGUUUAAUAAGUAAGACCUUGAACAUUUAGAUUUUUAAGUUUUAUUAGAAGAAUGUGGAGUUGAAAAGAAUUUACAAUUUCAGAAAGCUUGGUAAAUGUGUAGUUGUAAAACUGGAGAAGGUAUUGAAGAAGGAAUUAAAAAGCUUGUAUUUUUAAUUAAGAAAUAGUAGACAACGGUUCAAAAUUAGUAAUAGAUCACAUGA